CCGGCACUCUGUACACCUUCGCGGGCACUCUGUACACCUUCUCCGGCACCCUCUACACCUUCUCCGGCACUCUGAUACACUGCCGCCGUUGUGAUGCUGCGCCAGGCCACCCGUGUGUGCGCCUUCUGCGAGGCGCGCUCGUUGCUGGGAACAGCGCCGCGGUCUCUCCCGACCCUCCAGGCCCGUCUCUACACCCAAGUACAGCGCGGACGCAGCGACCGCUCAUCGCUGCCCCCGCGCUCCCGGCCACCACCCAGAGACCGAGACCGAGACCGAGACCGAGACCGCGACGCACCGCGAAGCCGCGACGCUGCAGCCUUCAACGCACGCUUGGGCGCACCCAGAGCGCGGGGGCGCGACGAUGCAGAGCGCUCCCGACAGCGUCCAACGCAUGGACGCGACACGCUCCAGCUGUCGGGCUCUGUCGACCGACCGGCCGGCGACAAGCCGAAGAGGAAGCCCCGCGAGCCGUACUCGUUUCUGAACAAGACGCGAGCACCGCCAAUGCUGCAGAGGGAAAGAGAGAGGGCCAGCGAGCGGGGACAGGCGGACCGCGACAAGAACCCGCGCGCGCGGGACAGCGACAAGAGGAGGACGAAGCCUGAUUCGUUCCAUGCCCUGAAGAUGCAGCGCUCGCUCCACGAGAUCCCCUACGCAUCGCGCAAGGCCGUCAAGGGCAAGCUCGAGCAGUACGACGCCUUCGACAAGUUCCCCCUCAUGGACACCGUACAGGCGGCCGUCAAGGAUGCCCUGCCAGACCUCGAGUACCGCAACCCCACACCCGCCCAGGCCGUCGCCAUCCCAGCACUCCUCGGCCUACGCAAAGAGAAGCGCACCAGGAGCGUCUCGCAGAAGGCGUCAGGCCCCGAGGCCUUUCUCCUCGCCGCCGAGACCGGCUCAGGCAAGACGCUCGCCUACCUCCUCCCCACCCUCGACGCCAUCAAGCGCGAGGAAGGCCGAGAGAAGCAAGACGAAGAAGCCGCCGCCCAGGCCGCCGCCGCAGACGCCGCCGCAGACGCCGCCGCAGACGCCGCCUCUAAGCCUUCCGCCAAGCGCAACGACAUGUUCGACGUCCCCGAGCCCAGCGUCAACAAAGCCGUCGACCCCGCCCGCCCUCGCGCAAUCAUCCUCGUCCCCUCCGCCGAGCUGGUCGCCCAGGUCGGCGCCGUCGCCAAAUCGCUCUCGCACACGGUCAAGUUCCGCGCCGCGCCCAUCAGCGCAAAGAUGAGCGCAACCGUGAUCCGCAACCGGCUCUUCAACGAGCAUGGCGUCGACGUCGUAAUCAGCACCCCGCCCCUGCUCGCCAGCAUCGCAGAAUCCAACCCCAACAUCCUCGCCCGCGUCACUCACUUGAUCUGCGACGAAGCCGACUCGCUCUUCGACCGGUCGUUCAAACCCAGCACCACGGAGAUUUUGGACCGCGCGACCCCGUCGCUGAAGAAACUGGUGCUGUGCUCCGCCACGAUUCCGAAAUACCUCGACAAGUUCCUGCUCGACAAGUUCCCCGAUAUGCACCGCCUCGUCACACCGAACCUCCACGCCAUCCCGCGACGCGUGCAGCUCGGCGUCGUCGACGUGAAUAAAGACCCAUACCGCGGGAACAAGAUGCUGGCGUGUGCGGACAGCAUAUGGCAGAUCGGCAAGUCCGCGUCGGAGUACAACGACGAAGAAGGCAACGAGAAAGUAAACACGAAGCGCAUCCUCGUCUUCGUCAACGAACGCGAAGACACCGAAGCUGUUGCAGAGUAUCUGUGCAAGAAGGGCAUCGACGCGCUCGCCUUCCAUAGGGAUACGGAUCCCGUCCGUCAAGCCAAAACCCUCGCCUCCUUCACAGACGGCUCGAUAUCGCCUUCGUUCGGACAGAAGAAGGAACUCGAGGGUGAGGAAGACGAGGGCAAGACGAAGGCCACUACCUCCCGCACCCUCGCCAACACCAAAGUGAUCGUCACCACUGACCUCGGUUCCCGCGGUAUCGACACUGUAUCCGUGCGCCACGUUAUCCUGUACGACGUCCCGCAUACCACCAUCGACUUCAUUCACCGCCUCGGACGUACUGGACGUAUGGGCCGCCGCGGCCGCGGUAUCGUCUUGCUUGGCGCGGGAGACCGCGCGGAUGUUGUGAAGGAGGUCAAGGAGGCUAUGUUCAGGGGUGAAGCCUUGAUCUAAGCUUUGGACAUGUGUGUAUAGUACGAUAUGGCUGUUGUAUGACGGAUGUGUAUGAUGGAUGGGUAUGAUGGGCAUUGCAUGGCGUUGGUGGGACUACCCGCAUGUUACGAAAAGUAGAAUAGAAUGUACAACAUCUCACCUUGUAAUUAGCUAAGCGCUCUGGUAACCGAAGUGGAGAUCGAAGAUGCUGAUC